AUGGGGUUCGAGAUGUCGUUCCAGACAAAAGAUAAAAUAUGUUUUGCAAUGGACCUGAUGGCGAACGACCUGUGUAUUUAUCUGAAACGUCGUCCUUCGUACUGCUCCCGCAAUGCUCUCAGGUGGGCUGUGCAAAUGACUCUCGGGAUCAACGCUCUGCAUGAGAUAGGGAUCAUCCACAGAGACAUCAAAGCUGGAAACAUCCUGAUCGACGUUCGAGAGAACGUGCGCAUCACCGACUUUGGCUUAAGUUAUGUGAACAAAGAUGAAGGACCCUUGGACCGACAGCGAAAUUAUUCUGCUGAUGCGAUGGGAACGACGCACACCAUAGCACCGGAGGUUUUGCGCAACUUAACCGACCCCCGUCCUUCGGAGUACGGAGCACCCGUAGACUGGUGGUCGUUAGGCUGCGUCAUCUAUGAGCUCGUUUCGAAGAAGCACAAGGCACGUUCGAAGGACGACAUAUUUUCCUAUGUUUCUUGGUGCUCCAGCCGCGACGAACCAUCCAAGCAAUUCCCUGCCUUCGAAGAUUUGGGUCCAAACACUACGGAUUUGAUCUCUGGGCUGCUGCAACCCAUCCCGUCAUCGCGGUUUGGAUUUGCUGAGGUUGUGAAUCAUAGAUCGUUUUUGUCCAAAGACGGCACGUCAGAAUUCUUAGACGCAUACUCUCGCGGUGAGUUAAACCUGAUUCGUUUGCGAACAUCAUGCUAA